CGAGCUAUUCAGUGGCACCUGGCCUCUGCUGGCCUCCUGGCAGUUUGGCUUGCUUGAAGCUUGCCCGUGUAUCGCCGCUACAACAUCGUUACAAGCGUGGCUAGAAUCUAAUAGUGGGAACUAUAAAACUAUCUAACCGCGGGUCCUGUUCCUUAAUCCUCUGGCCCUCCCCCUGGAGAUCCUCGACCUGGCCUGUGCUGAUGUGUCUCAAAAACUCGUUAAAUGUAGUCCGCAAUAAGCUUAAUAAAUUGAGUGUCCAGUGCUAUCAGUCACUGGUUGGAGGAACUUCAAACAAUAAACCCGCGCGUGACACGCACGGGUCCCAGUAGAGAUGAUUUCGCGAGUGCUGCUGUACGGCCGGUAAUCAUUCAUUGGCCUGUGCAGCGACAAACUAAAAUGAGAUAUUCCACUCGAAAAAAAAGUUCUUAACGAAGCAGAGCACAAGAGUACAAGAGUACUCUACACAAUUGGUUUUCUAAUUGCCGAGCAGCUUUAAGAGAGUUACAAAAAUUAAAAAAUUAAUCGGGAUAAAAAAAAUAUCAACAAUAUGACCAAGAGGUUUGAAUUUAAUUGGCAGAUCGAGGUACCGGAGAAUCUCCGCGAGGGAUGUGUCUUUGAUAGGUGGACUGAGGAAAAGGAUAAUACUGAAAUCGAACUUAAUUGUCUCUUCAAAGUCGACGAAUAUGGCUUUUUCAUUUACUGGCAAAGCGAGGGAAAGGACGGCGACGUCAUCGAGCUUUGUCAAGUGAGCGACAUACGGGCUGGAGGUGUACCCAAGGAUCCAAAGCUGUACGACAAGCUGGUGGCCAAACACGGGGAACAACUUGACGAUAAAAGUCUUGCCAUAUGCUCUGGAGUUGAUUACACAAAUAUUAAUUACCAACAUGUUGUCUGUCCCGAUGUCAAUACUGCUAAGAUAUGGUUGGCUGGAAUGAGACGUAUUACUCACAAUGUCAAAGCCAACAAUAUAUGUCCGCUGACUUGUUUAAAAAAACAUUGGAUGAGACUGAGGAUGCUGGUUGAUCCCAAUGGGAAGGUACCUGUCAAGGUUGUUGCGAGAACUUUUGCCUCUGGAAAGACUGAGAAGUUGGUUUAUCAGUGUCUGUCUGAUUUAGGUUUACCGAGCGGGAAGAACGAUGUGAUAGAACCAGAGGAUUUUACAUUCGAUGCGUUUUACGCUCUCUACCACAAAAUAUGCCCAAGAAAUGACAUCGAAGAAUUAUUUCAAUCCAUAACCCAAGGCAAAGCAGAUACAAUUAAUUUGGAACAAUUGAUAACUUUUCUGAAUGAGAAACAACGUGACCCAACUUUAAAUGAAAUUUUGUAUCCCCUUUAUGACGACAAACGGGCUUUUGAGAUAAUUAAUGAUUACGAGCAGAAUGAAACUUACAGAAAUCAAAAAACAAUGACUAAGGAUGGAUUUAUAAGGUAUUUAAUGUCAGAUGAGAACGCUCCAGUUUUCCUCGACAGAUUGGACGUCUACAUGGACAUGGAUCAGCCAUUAUCCCAUUAUUAUAUUAAUUCAAGUCAUAAUACUUAUUUGAGCGGCAGACAGUUUGGCGGCAAGUCUAGCGUUGAAAUGUAUCGUCAGGUUUUACUCGCUGGUUGCAGAUGCGUUGAAUUGGAUUGUUGGGACGGAAAAGGCGAGGAUGAGGAGCCAAUUAUAACCCACGGAAAAGCAAUGUGCACGGCAAUUCUCUUCAAAGACGUUAUUUACGCGGUUCGGGAUACUGCGUUUGUCACCUCAGAGUACCCGGUGAUACUCAGCUUUGAGAAUCAUUGUAGCAAAACCCAGCAGUACAAAUUAGCUAAAUACUGUGAUGAAAUAUUAGGCGACCUGUUGCUAAAAGAACCACUCAAAGAUUACGCGUUGGAGCCUGGUGUCUCACUACCACCACCGAGUCUUCUCAAGCGUAAGAUUCUUAUAAAGAAUAAGCGACUGAAACCAGAGGUUGAGAAGCAAGAAUUGGAGCUCUUUAAGCAAGGUCAAUUUGUUAUCGAGGAUGAGAUCAAAGAGGACGCAAGUGCACCAGCUGUUGUUGCCGGAGUUGUAGAACAGCAAUCGGUAGACUCUGCAGUGGUGGAUGUUGUCGCGGUGCAGCAAAACUCAUCAAAUUCUGGCGUAGGUCCAGCAGGUCUAGGUGACAGCAUUGAAUUGGCUGUCGUGCAGCCUUACACCGGUAGUACAACAAACGUCCAUCCCUGGCUAUCUUCCAUGGUAAACUAUGCACAACCCAUAAAAUUCCAAGGUUUCGACGAGGCCGAACAAAAAAACAUGCACUAUCACAUGUCUUCCUUCGCUGAAAACACUGGCCUCAAUCAUCUCAAGACUUCGGCAAUAGAAUUUGUCAAUUACAAUAAACGGCAAAUGAGCAGAAUUUAUCCUAAAGGCACCAGAGCUGACUCAUCAAACUACAUGCCUCAGGUCUUUUGGAAUGCCGGGUGCCAAAUGGUCUCGUUGAAUUUUCAAACGGCCGACCUACCGAUGCAAUUGAACCAAGGGAAAUUCGAAUAUAACGGAUCGUCAGGCUACUUGUUAAAGCCCGACUUUAUGAGACGCUCUGAUCGAAGCUUCGAUCCAUUUGCCGAGAGUCCAGUUGACGGUGUCAUAGCAACUUCAUGCAGCGUCCAGGUUAUCGCGGGACAGUUUUUGUCUGACAAAAAAGUCGGUACCUACGUCGAGGUGGAGAUGUACGGCCUUCCCACAGACACUAUCAGAAAGGAAUUCCGCACCCGAGUGGUCCCCGCCAACGGUCUAAAUCCGGUCUACAAUGAGGAGCCUUUUCUCUUCAGGAAAGUAGUACUGCCUGACCUUGCGGCUCUCAGGUUCGCGGUUUACGAUGAGUCAAACGGAAAACUCCUCGGCCAGAGAAUUGUUCCUCUAGAUGGUUUGCAGUCGGGUUACCGUCACAUUGCGUUACGCACAGAGGCCAAUUUUCCCAUGUCUCUUCCCAUGCUCUUUUGUAAUAUUGAAAUCAAAAUUUACGUUCCCGAUGGAUUUCAAGAAUUUAUGGACGCUUUAACGGCGCCACGAGCACCAAGAAAGACAGAAAUUCCGUCGCAACCCCGCACUCGAGGCCAAGAUGAAGAUAGCAAAAUAUCGGGAGAUUCAUCUCAGGGACGAUCCAUUGAAGCCGCCAAACCCAGAGAAGCAAUGGAUUUCGAGCCGAUAACCAUGGAAGUAUUAAGCCAAGAGAAAGCUUAUCAAAAAUUAGUCCGUAACCAGCAGAAAGAAGUCGAGUCUUUGAAAAAACGCCAACUGAAGGAAAGAAAUACCGUCCAGAAGCAGCAGUGCGCUGCCAUUGAGAAGCUUAUUAAGGGAAAAAACAAAGCGGAAUUAUCGAGGGAUCCGAUCGUUCGUAGAGCGGUCUCGGAGCAGACGAGCCAGUGGUCGAACGUGAUGGAGCGACAGCGGCGGGAGGAGCGCAUAAUGAUUAUGGGCCACCUCGAGGAGCGGAGGACGCUGCUGAGGAAGCUCUGUUUCGCAGCCCAGGUCAACCAGUGCAAACUCCAAACCACCAGGCACGAGAGGGAAAUCAAGGAGCUCAACGCCCGGCAGGCCAGACUCUCUGUCGAAAGCACUAAGGAGGUGAUGAACGACAAGUCCCUCAAGAGUCGCGGCAUCAAGGAGGGCAGGCUGCGCGAGAAACAGCAGAACAACACCAAGAGGUUCAUGGAGGAGAGGAAAUUCGCACAAAUAGUUCAGAAUCGCGAGAGGGAAAAGCUCAAAAUAAUUCACAGUGAACAGCUUGAGGAAUUGGAGAAGGAAAUUGAUGAGAUGAUGGAGAUGCACAAGAACCAGCAGAUUGAGUACGAGUUGGGUCCAAAGAAUGAAUUCUACGUGUGAUCAAAAUGCCGAAUAGAGAUAAAGUAUGAUUUCUCUUCGGAUAAAUUUACAAUUAAACAAACUAGCUUAUAAAAAUAAGUGAAACUGAAACUGAAACUGAAACUGAAACUAAAACUAAAACUAUAACUAAAUAGAACAUUACUAAAGAAAAUCUCAGAUAAUUUAUAACUGUCGUUAAACUAUUGGAAUUGGGAACAAGUCUUUGCGUUAGUGCGGUCUCGUGUACCUAGCUCUGUCUUGCAUCAAUCGCUCGACGUGGAGAGUAAACAAAAACAAAAUCAACAAUAUCCUAAAAACAAACAAACCUAAUAGAAAUAAUAAUAAAAAAUAAAAAAAUAUAUAUAUUUAACAAAUUGAAAUAGUUUAUUUAGCAAGAGUGUCCGGUUAUUUAUUUUUAUCAGUUAUUUUAAAUGGAAAAAGUCGUCUGACCACUUUUGUGCCAUUAUGUGUGUAGAAUAUUUUAUUUACUACGCACAAUUGCCUAUAAAUAUAAAUAUAUAAAUAUAUAAAUAUAUAAAUAUAGAAUUUAGAUAUUAAACGCACUUGUAGGUAAUAAUUGUUGUUGUUGUUGUUGUUAUUAUUAUUAUUUAUGACAAUAUUUUUAAGGAUUUGCUGAUAUGCCGGAUGCUUUUAUUAAACAGACUAUCAAUCUAUUGAUAUAAAUAUAAAUAUAUAUGAUAUGAUAUAUGAUGGACACACUUACGUAUAUAUUUAUAUAUUUAUUGGUAAUGUAAAAUUGUAGCUUAUCUCUUGGUAAUAUUUUUUUAUAACAGUCUAAUAAUAAAUAUUCCACGUUGUAGCGUGAUAUAUAGAUCGAGCAGUCAAUAAUAAUUAAUUGAUAAAAUAUAUUAUUAAAUUAAA